AAGGGAAGGACGGCUCUCUGGGGGGUUUGUUGCGAUGAGGUGAGCCGGGGCAGAGACCGCUGCAGACGGAGGACCGGGUCGACACCUGGAGGUGGAGGAACAGCAGGAAGGGUCAUGGUCAACCUGGGGAGGUGGGACUAGCUGGAAGAACACAGGUGUGAGCAUAAAAACAUUAUCUAGAAAACUAUCUGAGUCUGAGAGAUGGAUAAUCAAGACAAGGAGGGAGGCCCAGARGGAGGAGAGGAGGCCAGCGAUGAACAGAAGCAAAGUAAAGACAAACAGAACAAGUUGGAGAAGGAAAGCAGCGAGAAGGAGGCGAGGAACGAGGUCCGCAGGGAGAACCGGCGCCCCUUGAGGAGUGGCUGGGCUCUGAGCGAGCGCCUCGRCAUCAACGUUUCCGGGAUGCGGUACGAGACCCAGCUCCGCACCCUCGCUCAGUUCCCCGACUCCCUGCUGGGCGACCCUCGCCGCCGCCUGCGGUACUACGACCCCCUGCGCAAUGAACUGUUCUUGGACAGGAACCGCAUCUGCUUCGACGCCAUCCUCUACUUCUACCAGUCGGGCGGCAGGCUGCGGAGGCCCGCCAACAUCCCCCUGGACAUGUUCCUGGAGGAGCUGCACUUCUACGAGCUCGGAGAGGAGACCAUCGACCGCUUCAAGGAGGACGAAGGCUUCCCCAAGGAGGAGGAGAGACCCUUACCCCCCAAAAAGUGGCAACAGCAAAUAUGGAUGCUGUUCGAGUAUCCGGAGUCGUCCAGCGGGGCGAGGAUCAUCGCCAUCAUCAGRGUCAUGGUCAUCGUCCUCUCCAUCCUCAUCUUCUGCUUAGAGACUCUGCCAGAGUUCAGACACGAGAAGGAGCGACGGGAGCAAUACACCACCACACCUCAUCCCACCAUCCCAAACGAAACCGUCCUGAUUCCACCAGCGUUCGGACCCUUCCAGGACCCCUUCUUCAUCGUAGAGACGGUCUGCAUCUGCUGGUUCUCCUUUGAACUGGUCAUGCGCUUCAUCAGCGCUCCCAGCAAGAUCCACUUCUUCAAAGACAUCAUGAACAUUAUCGACUUCUUGGCCAUCCUGCCGUUUUUCGUCACACUGGGCACAGAGCUCGCCAAGGACAAAGGCACCCCGCCCUCCGUGUCCCUGGCCCUCAUCAGGGUCAUCAGGCUGGUGAGGGUCUUCAGGAUUUUUAAGCUCUCGCGUCACUCCAAAGGCCUCCAGAUCCUGGGUCAGACCCUGAAGGCCAGCUUACGAGAGCUCGCCCUGCUGAUCUUCUUCCUCUUCAUUGGGGUCAUAAUCUUUUCGAGCGCCGUUUACUUUGCCGAGGUCGACAGCCUCGGCACGGCGUUCACCAGCAUACCCGAGGCGUUCUGGUGGGCAGUGGUGACCAUGACCACGGUGGGCUACGGGGACAUGUGUCCGUCCACCGUCGGGGGAAAGCUGGUGGGCUCCAUGUGCGCCAUCGCCGGUGUCCUCACCAUCUCUCUGCCGGUUCCCGUCAUCGUGUCCAACUUCAGRUACUUCUACCAUCGAGAGAUGGAAUGUGAGGACACCAGGGUGUACACGCAUGUCUCCACGUCACUCUGGGAUCAGGACGGGGAGGACGGCGAAGGGGACGACGAAGAGGACAAUGAAAUGGAUGAAGGUCCUGAAUACAUGAGGGACUGUGAGCCCCUGUCUGAGCAGAACAGGGCGAUUUGCCCCCCACUCAACGGGACUCUUUUGGUUGGACUUUGUCCAGGACAGGUAGCAGGUGAUCAGCAAGGGACAAAGUUCUACCUUAAAAAGCCUCUGGUCACCCAAGUUUGAUGGACAAUUAACAGAUUAAAUGAACUUGGACUCAUAAGGUAGAAAGGCGCUGGUGUGAUAAAAAAACAGAGGGCAGAUAGAUGCAAAAGAACACAUCAUUAUUUUUUGAACACGAACCAGUUUUGUCACCGUGCUUUUUAUAGUUACUGCUUUUGUGUGAUGAUAUUUUACAUUGUUAUGACGUAAACUUUGCUUUGAAAAACAAAUAAAACUCAAAUCUUGAAAAUAA